AUGGAGAACAGCUCUCUCUCUUUUUAUUUCAACUUCACAGUGUUCAUGAACAUCGGACCCUACCGUUACCCAGCCUUCAUUUUCUGCCUUCUUCUCUACGCUUUUAUCCUCUCUGCGAAUCUCACCCUCAUACUGAUCAUCGUGAGAGAAAGUACGCUGCAUGAGCCCAUGUAUAUUUUCAUCGCGUUUUUAUCCGCCAACUCCGUGUACGGCUCCACCGGUUUCUUCCCCAGGUUCCUCAUGGAUCUGUUAUCCGACCGUCAUUUGAUCUCUCGCCCCGCCUGUUACACUCAGAUCUACAUCAUUUACACAUACGCUCUCUACGAACUGUCCAUACUGAGUAUCAUGUCAUACGACAGGUAUGUUGCUGUUUGUCAUCCUUUACACUAUCACAGAAAGAUGAACUCUAAAACCGUGGGCAUGUUGGCCUUUUUGGCGUGGGUAUGUCCGGCCUGUAAUCUCACAGUCACUAUCAACAUGGUGGUUAAGCUCCCUCUGUGCGGAAACACGAUACAGAAGGUUUACUGCGCCAGCUGGAACAUCGUGAAACUAUCGUGCAUCACAACCGCCGUCAACAAUAUCGUUGCAAUGCUGGGGGCGAUCGCCAUAGCGUUCCUCCCCUUUGCUUUCAUCCUGUACACUUAUCUGAGGAUUGUUGUCGCUUGUUGGAAGAACUCCGUGGAGGUCAGAGGGAAAGUACUUCAGAGUUGUUUACCACAUGUUAUUUCAUUUGUGAUUUAUUCCGUAACAUCAUUCAGUGACACAGCCUUGAGUCGACAGGAUCCCGACCAGAUAAAUCCGUUUGUGGCCAUAAUUCUGUCUCUUGAGUUUAUUAUCAUUCCACCGGCUUUAAAUCCUCUUGUGUACGGACUGAAACUACCAGAAAUUAGACGACACAUUUUUAAAAUCCUGUGUUUUAAAGCUCAAACUAAAAAAUGUUCUCAUAAGACUUUUCCAGUUUCUACAGUCACUGCUUGA